AUGGAUCCCCGCCGAGGUGUCUUGCACCAGACCACGGUCGACUCUAUCGCGCUACCGCAGAAGACAUUCCACACGACCACCAUCGCCGGCAGCAAGAGGCCCCACGCCGAGCCGGACGCCUCGUCGUCGAAGAAGGCGACCCCGUUCCAGCGGGCCUCGGUCCUGAGGAGCGGCCCACCGGAGCUCCGCGCUAGCGCUAUCGCCGUCGUCGACCCCGCGGCCGCGCCGCAGCUCCCAGAGCGCUCGCAGCGGCCGGCGGCGCCGCCCCCCCCUACCGCGACGGCCGACCGCUCGCUCUUACUCUCGUUCCCGCGGUACGGGCUCCCGGACGCGCUGGUGGCCAACCUGCGGGCGCUCGGCAUCCGCGAGAUGUACCCGUGGCAGAAGCAGUGCCUGCUGGGGCCGGGCCUGCUCGCUGGGACGCGCAAUCUCGUCUACACCGCGCCCACCGGCGGCGGCAAGUCCCUCGUCGCCGACAUCUUAAUGCUCAAGCGCGUCCUACACGACCACGACGCCAAGGCCUUGCUCGUGCUCCCCUACGUCGCCCUCGUCCAGGAGAAGGUGCGCUGGCUGCGCAACGUCGUCCAGGGCAUCAAGCGCCCGCCCGCCGCGGGCGCGUCGGCCAGUGGCGAGUCGCUCUGGCGGCGACGUGCCGACGCCGACAGCGUCCGGGUUGUCGGCUUCUUCGGCGGCGGCAAGAUCAGGGCGACUUGGUCCGAUUUCGACAUCGGAGUCUGCACUUUCGAGAAGGCCAACGCCCUCAUUAACACCGCCAUCGACGACUGCACCGUCACGAAGCUGCGGGCCGUCGUGCUGGACGAGCUGCACAUGGUGGACGACGACCACCGCGGCUAUCUCAUGGAGCUCAUCGCCACGAAGCUGCUGAGCCUCGAGCACGACGUCCAGAUCGUCGGCAUGAGCGCAACUUUGUCGAACAUCGAUAUAUUGUCGCGUUGGCUCGACGCCCACAUCUAUAGCACCGUCUACCGGCCCGUGCCUAUCGACGAGUACCUCGUCCACGACAGCGGCAUCUACCCAGCGUCGUCGACCAGCGGCCUCCUCAGGGCCGCCAGCCAGCUCGCUUCCGACUCUGGUGCGAGCCAGCUCCAGAGCCAUGCUGUUCGGACGGUGCAGCCUAGCGCGCACAAGGAAUUCCAGGAUCCCGUGCUAAAUGCCGUUGUUGCGCUGGCGGCGGAGACGGCCAGAGAAGGCUACGGCGCUCUCGUAUUCUGUAGUAAGGGGUGCGAAUCCGACGCGCGGCUUAUUGCCCGCGUUCUACGCGAUGCUUCAUCGGACGACCCGGCCGCCCUCGAGAAGAGGCUGGAUCUCCUAGCGGGUCUGCGCAGCCUUAGCACGGGGCUGGAUCCGACUCUAGCCGAAACGGUCGCUUCCGGCGUUGCCUUUCACCACGCCGGUCUGACUACAGAGGAGCGCGACAUGGUAGCCGACGCGUACGACAGCGGCGCGCUGAAAGUCCUGGUCGCGACCUGUAGUCUAGCCGCCGGCGUCAACCUCCCUGCGCGGCGCGUUAUUCUCCACAAUGCGCGCAUGGGCCGCGAGCUGGUCGGGCCCUCGAUGCUUCGCCAGAUGCGCGGCCGCGCGGGGAGGAAAGGGAAAGACGAGGUGGGCGAGACGUAUCUAUGCUGCCGCGGGACCGACCUAGAAGACGUAAUCGCGCUGAUGCGCGCGGAACUGCCCGAGAUCUCGAGCGGCCUGACGACGGAGAGGCAUCGCAUCCAGCGAGCGCUGCUCGAGAUAAUCGCCAUCCGGCUGGCGAACUCGAGGGAUUCCAUCCAGGAUUACAUCCAGAAGACGCUGCUCAGCCUAUCUGCGUCGCCUGACACCGUGCAUGCCCGGGUGGAAGGCGGUCUGCAGGACCUCGUCGACAUGGGAUUUGUCCAGUCCGACGACUCUGGGUAUUCGUAUACCGCAACGAAGCUGGGCCAGGCGGUCGUUGCGUCGGCACUAGAGCCCGAGGACGGCGCGUUCGUCCAUCGCGAGAUGCAACGUGCGCUGCGCGCUUUUGUGAUGGAUGGAGAGAUGCAUGUCCUGUACAUGUUCACGCCGAUACACAACUUAUCCCUCACCAUAAACUGGCGAGUAUUUAGAUCCGAAAUGGAGAACCUAGACGAUAGCGGACUGCGCGUCAUGAUCUUCCUUGGCCUAAAACCGACACAAGUAAACACGAUGGCGCAAGGCGGGAGCCUCAAGGAGACGACGCCCGAAGAGAAAGAGACUGCGCGGAUCUAUCACAGAUUCUACCUGGCUCUGCAGCUGAGGGACCUUUGUAACGAGAUGCCCAUUCACCUGGUCUCUCGGAAGUAUGACACACCACGGGGUGCCGUGCAGACCCUCGCACAGACGUGCCAGGGGUUCGCUGCGGGAAUGAUGAAAUUCUGCGAAAAGAUGAAUUGGGGGGCGAUGGCGGCUAUCCUCGACCACUUCUCGGACAGGCUGAACGCAGGGGCCAAGUCGGACCUCCUGGCGCUGGCCAAGAUCACGUUCGUCAAGAGCCGGACGGCGCGGGUCUUCUACGACAACGGGUUCAAGACGGUGGCCGCCGUGGCGAACGCGGAUCCCAGAGAGCUCGUACCGGUUCUUAUGCAGGCGCAACCGAGCAAGGUGCGGCUCAAGGCCGAGGACGAGGACAAGUACGAGGAGAAACUGUUGGCCAAGGCGAAGGUGAUCGCCGAUUCAGCGAACCGGCUGUGGCAAAUCGAGAUGCAGCAGCAGCUCUACGAGGAAUAG